AUGGUCGCUUCUGCUCUGGCGGAAUUGUGUGCAGGAACGAAGUCUACACAGAGUGAUAAUAGGGAAACACAGUCUACCCUCUCCUCUGGUUCUGCCGACAUCAACGCUGAAUUGAUUGAUGAGAAUCCGCCGGCACCAAGUCGCGAUGAGGCCACCGCGAGCCAACCUCCCAUCCAGUCCCUCUAUCAAAUCACCCCCCUUCGGAGCCUGCGCUCGCAGCGACUAGAUGAUGCGGCCAUUCGCCGUGGGCCCAGUGAUUUGAUAUCGCGCAAAAUGCUGAGUAUUCGUGAUGCAGAGGUAUUGGUGAAUAACUACUUGCAACGAACGGACCAUUACCUCUACGGGAUAGCGAGUGAAUAUGCCAGCUUGGAAAAUCUCCGGCAAGCUUCGCCGCUUCUCCUCACAGCCAUCCUAACGGUGGCAGCGCUGCAAAGUCCAGACGGGCAGCAGCAAUACCGGGUCUGCUAUCCCAAGCUCCGCAGGUUGAUUGCAGAUUUUCUAUUCUCUGCGGUGGUCAUCUUGGAAGACCUCCGGGGCCUUUGCAUUGCGUGCUUCUGGCUGAGUGAUAUCUCGUGGUCAAUCCUUGGUCUUGCCAUCCGGCGUGCAGUCAAGCUGAAGCUCCCUAAAUACUUCUCUAUGGCGGUCGAAUACCUCAAACCGGAGCUGUCACCGUCGGUCUCAGAUCAGCUUGCUAGGAGAUUAAUUGACGGUGUGCGGUUGUGGUACUUGCUCUAUGUUCGUGAUCAGCAUCUGGCUAUACUCUAUGGACGCCGUUCGAUACUGCGCGAUGGCGAAGAAAUCCAGAAUUGGAUGCUGUGUCUAGCAGUUUGGCGUGGCUCGAUCACGGAUAUUCGGAUCCUGAGCCAGGUUGCCUUGUUGCAGAUUCUUCGGUCUAUCCCGGAGAUCUUUGGACAGGAUUCUAAACGCCGUGUGCCAACUCUGCUCAAGUCGCAGCUGGAUGCUUUCAAUCAGCAACUGGACCUCUGGGUCACUCACUGGCUGGGUAUCUCUCAAAAUCACCUGAUAAUCGGCACCUACCCAAGCAAAGCCAUCACCCUCCACCACCACUUCUCCAAACUCCUCGUCUCCUCACACGUCUUCCGCGGCAUAGGACCAGACCCCAGCCAAGACCCGCUCCCAACAAAAUCCCAAGACCUCGCCGCCGUGGCCAUCAACUCGGCCAAAUCGGUCGUCGAGCUAACCGUGACCGACCCAGACCUCAUCGACGCAUACAUCGGCAUCCCGCACUCCUACCACACGAUGAUCGCAUUUGCAUGCUCGUUUCUAAUGAAAGUCGCCACAAAAUAA